AUGGAAGGAAGUUCAAGUCAGAGUAAAAGUUCUUCUACCAAUACUACUUCUAUUACUACAUCUGAUAACUUAGAAAAUAAUAACAACUCUUCUUCAUAUAAGAAUAAAAUGAUUUUAUAUGAAAAUAUGUUCAAAAAUCGUAUCCUUAUCAAAUUAGAAGAGGAUGGAUUCAUUACGUCAGAUGAUAAAGUAGAAGAACUAAUAAAAAAUCUGACUAAACCAAGUUAUUUAUACGCACUUAAAUUAAUUUUUGAAAAUUUACAAAAUGAUUUUUCAUCUCAAAUUUUAGCAAAUUCAUUAGAAGCUUUAAUUGAUACUCCUUUUAAUCAUUAUUCAAAAGAAAGUUUAGCUAGAUUAGAAUUACAUUUAAGAACUUUGGUUAUGGUUUUAGAACGAAUAUGUUUUUCAUCAAUAAUAUUAAGUAAAGAACUUCGAAAUAAAGUUUAUAAUUCUUUGACAAAAUUUGCAGAAAUUCAUCGUAAAACAACUCAGGUUUUUGAAAUAGGUGUUGAUAAUAAUUUUAGAUCAAAUUACAAUCUAUUCAAUCAACAAAAUAAUAAUCAAGAUGAAAAAGUUGUAAUUAAAAAGCGUAAUUAUAAUAUUGAUUUUUUAUUAAUCCAUUUAAGAGAUACUCUUCAUAGUCUACGUGAUGAUGAAACUUGGUUUCAAGAAAUUAUAAGAAGAACUAAAGAUUUUAUUAAAGCUGCAUUAAAUAUUACACCAGGAAUUUUAUCAAUAACAGGAGUUACUCUUCCAAAUGAUAAUUGUUCAAUCUUAUCAUUACUUAUUCAAGUACGUCAGAGUUUAAGUUUUAAAUACCCAGUGGCAUCUUAUUAUAUAGAUUGGAGAAUUAUGUUAAUAAUCCAACAUAAUAUUUUCAUCUGGUCUGAAAGUUCUGAAAAGAUUAUAAGUAAAAAACUUGGAGAAUUGGUAUUAAUGGAAUAUAUUUGGAGCUUUUUGGAAAGAGAAUGGGUUAAUGCUGAGGAUAAAUCUGUUUUAGAUUCUCAAACAAAAUUUGAUGAAGUAUCAAAUAAAGUCGUCAAGACUCUGAAAAAUGCUGGAGGUUUAUUAAAUGAUCUUGCUGGAAAUGAACCUAUUGCAUUACCACAUAUUUUAUGGUUUGGAUUAUUGGAUCUUGCACAAAAUCUUAUCCAAAGAUCAUCUCGAAUAGCAACAUAUGGUCUUUGUUAUUAUUUGGCAAUUGAAUCACUUAAUAAAGCACCAAGUAGUUUUAUUCAAUUUAAAUCUAUUGAAUUAUUGGUACAUUUAUAUAAUAUUGAUAAUAAAAUGUUUUCAAUGAUUGAAAUUGAUUUUGAUCAAUAUACACAAAAAUUAAGUGAAAAUAAUUUAGAAGAUUCUUUGGAAAAGUUUCAAAAUUUAUUAACUUUUGUUAAGGAGAAAUACCAUGAAGAUUUAAAAAUUCUAAGUAAUAAUACUGAAAAAGGGAAAGAAGGAAAAGGAAAAAGCUUAAAUCAAAAUUCAUAUUUAAAGAAAGAACAAAUAUCAAAUUCUAAUAUUUUAGAUGUUAUAGCAGAUGAAAUUACUUGUCCAAUUAAUAUUGAACCAAUGGAUCAAUUAUAUAUAUUAAAAUGUCAACAUAUGUUAGCAUUAAACAAUUUAAUAAAAUUAAAACAAAAAAUAUGUCCUAAUUGUCGAGAAAAAAUUGAAGAUGAUGAUAUUAGAUAUUUACCACAAGAUUCAAUUUAUAAAAAUUUAUAUACGAAAUUUUUUGAAUCUGGACAUAUUUUACCUUCAAUUGAAUUAGAAAAUUCCCAUCAACAACUUUAUGAUAGUGAUGAUUCAGAUGACUCAGAAGUUGAUCUUAUAUUAAAUAAAAAAAAGAAAUUUAUGAAUUCAAUUAUUAAAUUAAAUUCAAAAAUUUCAUCAUCAAUUCUUUCAAAAAUUACAAAAAAACAACAUCCGAUAUAUCAAAAUAUUAUAAAAGAAAUAAAUGAUAAACAUUAUGAAAAGGCUGAAACUUUAUGUAAAGAAUUUUUAAAUUUAUUUCCUAAAAGUUAUUCUUUAAGAUGCAUUUUAGCUUAUAUUUAUAGAUGUCUUGACAAUUAUAAACAAGCACACUUAUACUUAGAAGAAGCUAUUGAUUUAAAUCCUAAAAGACCAGUUGCUUAUUUCAUUUGUGGAGAAAUACAUUUUAGACAAAAUAAUUAUUUUAAAGCAAUAAAUUAUUUAGAAGAAUCAUUAUAUUAUAAAGCAAAAUUAAAUAAUUUAUAUAUAAUACUUGGAAAUAGUUGCUUAUUAUAUGAUAAUUAUUAUGAAUAUGCUAUAGAAAAUUAUAAUAUUGCAUUAAAAAAUGAUCCAAAUAAUCAUUUAUGCCUUAAAAAUUGUGCAUACAGAUAUGAAAAGAAAGGAGAUAAUAUAAACGCUUUAAAAAUGUUAGAUAAAUUGCUGAGUAUUGAUGAGAAGAAUUCACUGAUUUUAUGCUAUUAUGGAGAAAUUUUAUGUAAAAUGGUACAAUAUAGUAAAGCUAUAUUAUAUUUUACAAAAGCAAACAUUAUAGAUCCAGAAAACAUUCAUAAUUUAAGUAAGAGAGCUAUUGCAUAUUGUAUUGUUCAAGAAUAUGAUAAAGCAUUAUCAGAUCUUAAUAUAAUUAUACAAUUAGAUCCAUUGAAUAGUUUGGCAUAUUAUCUUAAAAGUCUAACAUAUUAUAUGAAGAAUGAUAUUAAUAAUGCUAAAAUCUUAUUUAAAAAGUAUAUAGCAUUGACAAAUUCUGAUAAUAGAUUAGCAAAGAUUCAAUUAUAUCAUCUAGAAUACUUACUAAAUAAAAAUAGUUCUAAAGAUUUAAAUAAUAUAUUAACAAAAAUCAAUCAAAUCUCUAAUAUUAGCGAGAAUGAAUUAUUAUUACUUUUAAUUAGAUGUAAAAUACACAUUGAAUUAAACAAGUAUUAUGAAGCCAAAGUAGAUUUGGAUAUAUUAUUUAAUUUAAGCAUUAAAUACGAAUAUUGCUAUGAAGCUAUUUCAUAUCUUCAUUUAUUACAAAAGCAUUCAGAUUUUUGGUCAUAUUUAUAUGAGACUUGUGAAAUUGACAAAUGUGACUAUACCAAAUUUGGAAUUGCUGAUGAAUUUAGUAAAUAUAUGUAUAAAGAAAAAAAAGUAUACUUUAUUUCAAAUCUUACAAAUUUGAAUAGUGAACUUUGUCAAUUUCAACAAAAUGAUAUAAGCAGUUUGUCAGGGCUGGUAUUAUCUUUUAAAAAUGAAAAACUUCGCUUGGAUUUGCCUAUACUAAUGAAUUUCGGGGUUGGGAUUCUUAUUUGUAAAAUGAAUAUUAAAAAAAUAUUAUCCAAAGAUUGCUUUAUAAAAUUUAUAAAUAAUGAUGAAUAUAUGCAAAAGAAACAUAUGUUAAAUUAUUAUGAUUUGGUGAAUCUUGAGGGAUUAGGUUGGAUUGAACAUCAGAUUCUAAUAUGUAUUAAAUAUGAUUCUCAACUUUCAAUUGAAAUAAAUUCUAUUGAUAUGGAAAUAGAUUAUGUUUGUCUUAGAGAAAAUUGUUAUAUAACAAUAUCUCUCAUUCCCAACAUGAGUUUGGUAGAUUAUUUGUUACCAAAUUAUCCUAAAAACUGCCAAAAUGUUCCAGAAACUUUCAAAGACAAGUAUUUUUCAAGAAAACAAAUGGAAAAUUUACUUGAUUUAAAUGAUAUCCUUAACAGCUUAUAUAAUUUGAAAAUUUUUUAA